AUGUUGACGACGAAGAAGAAGACGAUUAACAACAAUAAUAACAACAGUGCCGCCGCCUUGGAUGAGGAUGAUCUUAUUGAAGAGGUCAUUGAGGAGAUCGAUGACGAUGUGGAAGAGUUGCCAGUGGAGCAAGUCGAUCAGGGUAAAGGUAAAGCAGCAGCAACAACAACAACGACGACGAAACGUCCAAACUUUGCCUACAAUGAAAGUCAGGCAAAGUUGAAUGGCAACAGCGGCAACAGGAAGCAGGCGACGCACAGUUCGGAGGAUGAUGAAGUGGAUGACGUCGAUGACGAUGAUGAUGAUGAUGUGGAAAUGGACGAGGAAAUGGAGGAAGAGGAAGGUGGCGUGGGUGUCGCCGUUGUGGGCGAAGGGAUGACCAUUGAUGAUAUUAUCGAGGAGGAUGAUGGCGAGGAUGAUGACGAUGAGGAUGUCGAUGAUGAUGAUGGGCAUGGACAACAUUUGGUUGGUGAGCAUGUGGUGGCCGACGACGACGACGACGAUGAUGAUGUUGACGAUCGCGACGACGAUGAUGACGAUGUGGAUGAUGUCGAUGAUGAGGAUGACGAUGUGGAUGAUGUCGACGAUGUAGAUGAUGUCGACGAAGAUGAUGAUAUCGAUGAGGAUGACUUUGAUGAUGAGCAGCAGCAGCAACAGCAGCAGCGUAGGAAUGUCGGCAGCAUCGUUGCUGACGAAGACGAAGACGACAACGAUGAUGAUGAUGACGAUGACGUUGCGAAUGCAGAGCAACGUCGACGUCAGCGUCAUCAGGGUCGUGGUCGUCGUCAUGAUGAAGAUGAUGAUGAUGAUGAAGAUGAUGUGAUGGAUGGCGAUGGCAAUGGCGGUACAUCGUCAUCAUCAUCGGAGAGCGAGUCGACAACGUCGCGAUCAACUGGAGCAGCUGCAGACACACAUUAAAAGUCAUUUCCUCAACGGGCCAACAACGACAACCGGCAGCAGCAGCGGCGGCAGCAGCAGCAGUGCAGCCAGCCGAAGCAGCCAAAGCAGCAGCCGCAGCAGAAGUAGCACAACAAAUAACAACAACAACAAUAGCAACAACA